AGCUUAGCCUUUCAGCAAGCAGAAGCACAUAACAUCAAGUGGUCUGAGACCUGUUCAGAACUGUGACAAGCCAGCUGUGAUUGGUUUGUUGAGGCCAAACCAAAGAAAGUCAUUGCCAUCCGUUCGGGAAGUCCUACUGCAAUACGAUAUAUGACGCUAUAAUACGAACCACCGGUCUACCAAUCAAACCAGAAAACGUCGGUGGCGCGAAUUUCCAGGAUAACUUCACUGAAAACAAAAAUGGAGACGCAAGUUUCAGAAGACACUGGGACGUUGAUUUCAAAUAUGACAGACGAUUGUGUGGCUUUUUCAGACAUUGAAGUUGUCGCCAAUGGUUGGAUGAUAGAUUUUUUCUUUAUUUCUGCCUGUCGUUUCUUCAAACAAGAGAAACACGAGGAGUUCAAUAAGUCGUUGCAGUCGUUAGAAGUGAUAAUUGAGGGAACAGAAAAGAUGAAGUUGGACCAGGUAAAGAAAAUGCAGCUUUGUGGGUUCCUUUCACGCGUUAUAAACGGGAAACGCCUUGACCUACAAUUUGAGAGUGAAAAGGAGGUCAUGCCACUGAUGUCUGCUUUGUCUAUAUGGAAAUCCUUUGGUGAUUUUGUGGCUGAUGAGGCUCUCUAUGAAACCAUAAAGAAGAUUCUGUUCAUCCAGUCUGCAGGAGUGUGUCUGGCGCAGGGCAAUUGUGACAUGGCCUUGGUGGUCCUGGAGAAGCUGGUGGAGGAGUAUCAGAUGCCAGAGGAGCUAAAAAUGAAACUCUGUGCGAUUGUGAAAAGAAAGGAUGUGUACCACCAGUGCUUUGUUCAGUUCAGCUAUACCCGCCUGGUGGAGAGCAUCAAUACGUUCCUAGAUUCUGUCCUGAAGGCUCACCCCUCAGACUUCUUACUGAAGACUUCUUGCUUUGAAUUGAAGGCUGCCUCUAAAGUGGUAUUGAGCUGUCGGGGGGCAGGAGUGCAGGAGGACACGGAAGAGGACGAUGCAUCAGGACUGGCAGCACGAUGUGGAGAAGACUCUGAAAGUUUCAGCGGAGAGCAGCGGACUGAGGCAUCGGUGAACUCUGCUGAUGAAAACCAGAACCAUGAAGAUUCUGCAAGUUCUGAAUUAUCCAGGAGGUGUACUUUCAGGCGCAAACGACGACUGCUGCCACAGCACGCCAGCCCCUGGAAGCCUGAAUCGUGCAAAAAGCUCUCUGGUGGCAUUAAGAGGCAUACUCACAUAGGAGUCUUACCCAAUAGGUUUUCCACUCGACUGAUUAAAGAUCCAAACAUACUGAAAGGUGCUGAAAAUCGAGGAACGAAAAGGAGCAGAAAGAGGAAGUGGACCGAAGCGGAGGACCACAACCUGAAGGCUGGAGUGCGACGUCAUGGGGAGGGGAGAUGGUCCCAGAUCCUGCUGGACUUUGACUUCCCAGACCGCACCGGGGUCAUGCUCAAGGACCGCUGGAGGACCCUGAAGAGACUGGACCUGGUUGGGUGAUGGAGAGGACCGCAGGCGCGGGCACUGACCGCAGCCUGUGGGGACCUCCCCUAAGCGCAUUACACCUUCUUUUUUUACACCUCUAUUGCUUUUCAUGUAUAUAAUUCACCUGUAUAAUUACGGAAGCAUACCUCUGCCGAAAGUGAAUAGAUAGAUUGGAAAGGCCAAUGCGGUAGUUUCAUUUUCUUGUAACUUUUUGGCAAAAUGAAAAGAAAUAAAUAAUUUAAUUUGCGUUGCGUUUUCAUUUCUUUGGGCGUGCAUCAUUCUGCACACACGAAUGAAUAAAAUGGCGACUGAGCAGUUUGGUUUAGUUUGGCGGUUUUGCUCGGGUAUGCUUCCGUAAGUAAUUUGAAGUGUGUUUUGUAAAAGGGAGUAAAGGGGCCUUGUAAAGCGCUCCUGCCCCAUGUGUGUCGCCCCGCUGUGUCUCAUGCGCUGUGGGGAGGGUAGUGUG